AUGUUCCGUCAAGGUUUGAGACAAAUUGCAGUAUCGAGAGUUGUACUUUCGCAGCCAUUGAGGCCACUUUCGUAUUCUAUCAUUGCCAGAAAGUCCGUAGUGGACCUGGCCAAGGAGGUGUUAGAGAAGGCCAAUAAGAAGACUGGUGAGUUCUUGGCUGGCACUAUGGAAACCGCAGAGAAGGUGGCUCCAACUUCAGAAAACAUCAAAGAGGCUGCCGAAGAGGUCAACUUGAAGACCGGUAGGGUUUUGGCAGACGGUAUGCAGAAGGCUGAGGAUGUUGCUCAGGAUGUCAAGGAGACUGUCUCCGGUAAGAGUGCAGAACAGCUUGCAAAGGACGGUGUUGAUAAAGUCAAGGAGGGUGCUGAGAAGGUGAACCAGAAGACCGGAGAGGUUUUGUCUGAAGGCAUGCAAAAGGCCGAAGACCUUAAGGAUGGAGCUCAGGAUUUUGCUAAGAAGGUCAAGAACGACACUGAAGACAAAGCCAGUGAGCUUAAGGACAAAGCUGAAGACAAAGCCAGUGAGCUUAAAGACAAAGCUGAAGACAAAGCCAGUGAACUUAAGGACGAUGCUGAGAGUGUCGCAGACAAGGCUAAGUACAAAGCUGAAGAAGCAAAGGGCAAAGCCGCUGACUGGGCUGAGGAAACUGCAUCUGAAGUAAAGGAAAAGGCCGAUGAAAUCGGUGAUGAUGUGGAUGGUUUGACUUCAAAGUCUAGAGAGCAAAGAAGAGUGGAGAGAAACGCCAAAGGUUUCAAAGACUUGCAGGACAAAGGCGCUCACAUGGAAGCCGAGCAAAACCGUCCAGAUGAUGGUAUCUAA